AUGAUUUGAUAACAAUCGAUUAAUCGCUUAUUAUCGAUUGCUGAUUACAAUUUUUAACAACUUCAAGUCAAGAGUCCUUUUAGCCAUUAUUGCGUUGCAAAGAGCAAACAUGCAGCUGCAAAUCAGAGGAGAACACACGACUGUUGUCGACUCGCACGAGAAUGAAACUAUUGGAGAAUUAAAGGAAAGAAUCGUGAAAUUGAAUGCUGCUGCAAAUACAGGGUUCAACUUAUACUGCUCUGGCUUUUUGUUGCAAAAUGAUGCAGUAAUAGGAGAACUUACAUCAAAUGUAUUGGAAUUGACAGUUUCUCUUCCUGGUGGUAAGGUGCAUGGAUCUUUAGCUCGUGCUGGUAAAGUAAAGGCACAAACUCCAAAAGUGGAGAAGCAAGAAAAGAGCAAGAAGAAAACUGGCAGAGCCAAGAGGAGGAUUCAGUAUAACCGAAGAUUCGUGAACGUCGUUCAGACCUUUGGUCGCCGUCGUGGACCAAAUGCUAAUUCUAAUUCGUAAUUGUAUACAAUUAAACAUUUAAUGAUGCUGGAAAUAAAGUAAAAAAAUUAUAAAUUGAAUUAAAGAA